UCUUCUUUGUUCUCUGGGAGCUUGCAUGUCCUGAACUGGAACUCUCUACAACUCCCGAAAUAACCCAUAUUUGUUAGUGAAAUAAGUGACAGUUUAACUUUUAAGAUUAACAUUCCUUGGUGAGCGGAUAUGGGAUCUCAAGAAGACCCCCCAAUAACUCCAAGGCUAGUGAGCAAACAGGUGCUAGACCCCAAAGAGCCAGUUGAGCUCACUGCUUUCUUGCCGACCCUGGAGUUUGAGGGAAGACAGCAUCCAUCUGUUAAAACUUUUGGCCUCAAAGGGGCACAAAGUCUCCAAAGAAAAAAUGCAGUUUGCUCAAACUCAGGUUCGAUACUUAGGGUACCUGAUCUCAGAACAAGGACUACAUUUGGAUCCAGGCUAGAGGCCUGCUCUGGCCAGCCCCCUAAGCUCGGUCCUCAGGGAGGCAUGGCGAAGUCCAGGGGCCGACUCUACCUUUGGAUGUGCUUGGCUGCGGUGCUGGCAUCUUUCCUGGCAGGAUUUAUGGUGGGCUGGUUUAUUAAGCCUUUCAAAGAAAGCACUUCACUGGGCUAUCAUCAAAGUAUGCGGUGGAACCUGGUAUCUGAGAUGAAAGCUGAAAAUAUUAAAUCAUUUCUUCGUUCUUUUACAAAGCUCCCUCAUCUGGCAGGAACAGAACAAAAUUUACUUCUUGCCAAGAAAAUCCAAACCCAGUGGAAGAAAUUUGGACUGGAUUCAGCCGAGUUGGUUCAUUAUGAUGUUCUCCUAUCCUACCCUAAUGAGACAAAUGCCAACUAUAUAUCAAUCAUGGAUGAACAUGGAAUUGAGAUUUUCAAUACAUCAUACCUUGAGCCACCACCAGAUGGAUAUGAGAAUGUUACAAACAUUGUUCCACCUUAUAAUGCUUUCUCAGCCCAAGGCAUGCCAGAGGGAGAUCUUAUAUAUGUGAACUAUGCUCGUACUGAAGAUUUUUUCAAACUGGAAAGAGAGAUGAACAUCAAUUGCAGUGGAAAGAUUGUUAUUGCAAGAUAUGGAAAAAUCUUCAGAGGAAAUAAAGUUAAAAAUGCCAUGUUAGCAGGAGCCAUAGGCAUCAUCUUGUACUCCGAUCCAGCUGACUACUUUGCCCCUGGGGUACAGCCAUAUCCUAAAGGAUGGAACCUUCCUGGAACUGCAGUGCAGAGAGGGAAUGUGUUAAAUUUGAAUGGUGCUGGUGACCCGCUCACUCCAGGCUAUCCAGCUAAAGAGUACACUUUUAGACUUGAUGUCAAAGAAGGAGUGGGAAUCCCCAAGAUCCCUGUACAUCCUAUUGGGUAUAACGAUGCAGAAGUAUUGUUACGUCACAUGGGAGGAACUGCUCCACCAGAUGACAGCUGGAAGGGAAGUCUUAAUGUGGAUUACAACAUUGGGCCUGGCUUUGCAGGGCAUGAUUCCUUCAGGAAGGUUAGAAUGCAUGUUCAUAACACCAAUAAAAUUACAAGGAUUUAUAAUGUAAUUGGAACAAUCAGAGGAUCUGUGGAACCUGACAGGUAUGUUAUUCUAGGAGGUCAUCGGGACUCCUGGGUGUUUGGAGCUAUUGACCCAACCAGUGGAGCUGCUGUUUUGCAAGAAAUUGUCCAGAGUUUUGGAAAACUGAUGGGUAGAGGCUGGAGACCUAGAAGAACAAUCAUUUUUGCCAGCUGGGAUGCAGAAGAAUUUGGGCUGCUGGGCUCCACAGAAUGGGCUGAGGAGAAUGCAAAAACACUCCAGGAGAGAAGCAUUGCUUAUAUCAAUUCUGAUUCAUCUAUAGAAGGCAAUUAUACUCUGAGAGUUGACUGUACACCCCUUCUUUACCAAUUGGUGUAUAAACUGACAAAAGAGAUAUCCAGCCCAGAUGAUGGUUUUGAGAGUAAGUCUCUUUAUGAAAGCUGGUUGGAAAAGGACCCUUCAUCUGAAAAUAAAGAUUUUCCUAGAAUCAACAAGCUGGGAUCUGGAAGUGAUUUUGAAGCUUACUUUCAGAGACUUGGGAUUGCUUCAGGCAGAGCCCGUUACACUAAGAACAGGAAAACAGAUAAGUACAGCAGCUACCCGGUAUACCACACAAUUUAUGAGACGUUUGAAUUAGUAGAGAAUUUUUAUGACCCUACUUUUAAAAAACAGCUUUCAGUGGCUCAGUUACGAGGGGCACUGGUUUAUGAGCUUGCAGACUCUAUAAUCAUUCCUUUCAAUAUUGAAGACUAUGCAAAAGCUUUGAAAAACUAUGCAACAAGCAUCUACAAUUUAUCUAAGAAACAUGACCAACGAUUGAGAGACCAUGGAGUAUCAUUUGAUUCUUUAUUUUCUGCUGUGAAAAACUUCUCAGAUGCUGCUUCAGAUUUUCAUAGAAGACUCACAGAAGUUGAUCUUAACAAUCCUAUUGCAGUGAGAAUCAUGAAUGACCAAUUGAUGUUCCUGGAGAGAGCAUUCAUCGAUCCUCUUGGUUUACCAGGGAGGCGGUUCUAUAGGCACAUCAUCUUUGCUCCAAGUAGCCACAACAAAUACGCUGGAGAAUCAUUUCCUGGGAUCUACGAUGCUAUGUUUGAUAUUGAAAAUAAAGAAGACCCUCCAUCAGCCUGGACAGAAGUAAAGAAACACAUUUCUAUUGCAGCCUUUACAAUUCAAGCAGCAGCAGGAACCCUGAAAGAAGUGUUAUAGGAAGGUCUCAGCCAAAUGGCCAUUAAAAGUGUUACUGAAAGUCUCAGGAUAAAAUCCUUCCUUGUUUUUUGAUAACUUAUGAAGCCAGAGUAUUCAAUAAUCUUGCUUUUCAUGUUCUAUUUUGAUUUAGACUUCCAUUCUGUUCAUCUGUAAAGAGUUUUUUGGCUUUUUAAAAAUUCAAAACUUCAUCACCAAAUCGUUAAUCUAAUAAAACAAAAGAACUCCAGUCUUGGGGCAGAAAGACAUAAAGUAACUGAAAAUUCCCACAAAUAAAAUAUGACAAGGAACUUGGAGCUCUCAGACAUUGCUAGUAGAAAUGUAAAAUGGUACAACCAUUUUGGAAAACAGUUUGUUAGCUUCUAACCAAGUUAAAAAAUACAGUUAACCCUUGAACAUGGGUCUGAACUGCACAAGUCCACUUAUAAUUUUUUUCUAAUACAGCAUUUUAUGAUUUUAACAUUUUUCUUCAAGUUUUACUGUAAGAAUACAGCAUAUAAUACAUAUAUAUAAAAUAUGGGUUAAUCAACUGUUUAUAUUAUUGGUAAGGCUUCUGCUGAACAGUAGGCCAUCAGCUGUUAGAUUUUUAGGGAGUAGAGUUAUAUGCAUAUUUUUGUCUGCCUGGUAGAUUGGCACCCGUAACCCUCACACUGUUCAAGGGUCAACUGUAGUAACCCUUGCAAGUUAUUGUUUCAUAAGUUAUGUUGUUUUUAUCAUCUUUAAUCAACAGCUGAUAAUUAGAACAAGUGAUUAUGUGCCAAAGCCAUGUAAUUAAGCAAGGAUGUUACAUAUAUAAUGAGCUAUUUUUUUUUAAUUUUUUUUAAUGUUGAUUUUUGAGGCAUACAGAGUGCGCGAGUGAGCAGGGGAGGGGCAGAAAGGGGGAGACACAGAAUCUGAAGCAGGUUCAUGGCUCUGAGCUGUAAGCAAGAGCCCAACGUGGGGCUUGAACCCACGAGCCGGGAGAUCAUGACCUGAGCCAAAGUUGGACGCUCAACCAACUGAGCCACCCAGGCGCCCGUGAGCUAUUUCUUAACGUUUUCCCUUACGAGUACUUUACCUAUAAGAUGUUUUAUGUAUGCCACUUGCUAAUGACAAAACAAAAAUCUAGUGAUGAAACAAAAAAAGGGGAGACUAAGGAAAUCACCAUGGAAAUCCACUAUACAAAGGUAGAAACAGAGGGAAAAGGAAACACAGGAGAUAAAAAAAAUAACCAGAAGGCAAAAAAGAAGACAGCAGUAGUUAAUUAUAAAUGGAUUGAAUUCACCAAAGGGCACAAAGUGGCUGGAUGCAAAAAACACCUAACUAUAUAGCUGUCUAAAGGAAACUCAUUUUAGUUCUAAAAACACAGACUCAAGGUGUAGGGACAGAGGAGGAUAUUCCAUGCAUGUAGAUACCAAAAAAAAGUAGGCAUCACCAUAUUUAUGCCAGAAAAAAUACACUUCAAGCCCAAAACAUUAAGAGACAAAGAAG